GUGUAAUUCACAUCUCACAAAUGUUUUAUCACAGCCCAGCCUCAGACCCACGUAGCACCUGUCGGGUCACACCUGACGUAGGUGGCCCCAGAUAAAAGACUGGUACCUCACCCUGCAGAUUGCAAACUACAUCUCAUCAUUGAAAACUACAUACUUGAGAAGUUAAAUAAUUUGUAUCAUAUAUUUGGUUGAAAUAGUUUAAAUAGCCUGAUUUUACCCAUCAAGAUGGUACAACCUUCAACUAACCUUUUGAGGAUUACACAAUUCAUCUUAAUAUUUGCCAUCUCAGGUAAUAAAAUGCAUCCAGUUCAGUAGGUACAACAUUAUUGUUGCUUUAUGGAAAAAGGAAGGUGAAAUGUUUCUGAGGCUAGAAGUUGGAGGUAUUUUAACUAUUACCUAAUGUUUAAUGCAUAUAUUAUCAAUAAUAUAUAUAUAUAUAUAUAUAUAUAUAUAUAUAUAAUAUGAAUGUACAAUAUUAUAUACCUCAUAUACCUUUAUAGUAUUGAAAAAUGAUAUCAAUUUUACAAUGCAAUCUCUAUCAAAAACCUGGUGCAUACUGUAUCGGUACUUGGGUAGCACUUAAAUGACAGGAAAAUCGAAGACUGAUUUUGAAGUAAUCAAUCCCUUCAACUAUGGUUAUAUGACGUUUGUCUGAUAUCAAUUUAAAUAUACUAUACCACUAUAUAUUAGGGUAUGAUAUAUAAAAGUAUCUGUACACAUUUUGUAUAGUUAGCCUAUAACAUUAUUAAUAUGAUAUAUGCUUGAUUCAGUAAGCCAUCUACCUUCACUGUCUAUUUUCAAAGAUUGUGUAUUCAAUGGCAUAUACCGGCUCUCAGAAAGACCAGCAGAUGGAAAUAUUAUGUCCCUAGAGCCAACUCAAAACACAUAUAUAUUGUGAUGACUAUGAAAUUAUUAUUGGAUAUCAAAGUAGACAGGCUAUUAUUUGGCCCAACGUGAUUGUUCUGGCGUUGAUUCAGGUGUACUUGACUGAUUUUGAGUGGGAAAAGAUGCCCUAUUUUCUGUGACUUGAUAAUACUAUUAUUUUGAAAUAUAUCAAUAAUUCAAUUCAGUCUACUUUGGUUUGACUCAUUUGAGCAAAAAGGACAAUGGUCCUUGUAUACUGAAGUCCUAGUCCCAACCCUAAAUGCCUUGCAUAAUAAUGACAGUUAUGGAAUCGCUCAAGAGUAUUCUCUACAGUCAGAACUCCAUGAGCUGAGCUUCUCGCAACAACUAAUUAACAAAGUCAAUCUAAGUGCUAACACUUUUGAGAGGGGUAUUGUACUUCAAUUGAUGUCUGAUGCGGAUAGAGUAAUUUAAAGAUAAAGAGUAAUGAAGAUAGAGUAGUCCAAAUUAAUACCACACCUUUUUGAAUAGCUGAUACCCCAUUAUGAUUCUUAUCUUUCCUAAUGGGCCACCAGAUUUGCUCACUGCAUUACUUUUAUAUACACUCUCAAACUUAGCCUGAAGACCCGACGUUAAAUUGCAUUGAAUUCAACGUCGGGCAUCCUUAGCGUUUGGAUAAGGAACGUUUUCUCUCACGACCUCUACAAGCCAGAAUGUUAAAUAAAAUGAGAUUUUAAUUUAUUUACGGGUUGUCCGCGUGGUUGGUCCUUUUGCAGGUAGGAAUGUGAGACUAUAUAUACACAGGAAAGUAUAAUUACAUAAACUUUUCAAAUCGCUGAUUGUGCGUUCAGAUUUCUAUCACCUGAAGCAUGCGCACAAGAUAAAAAUACAUGCAGCGAGACGCAUGCAUACUUGCCAAGCUUGUGCACGUGUUUACAUGGUUCUGUGCAUGCUUCAGUUGAUAGAAAUCUGAACGCACUACCAGGGCUUUGAAAAGGUUAUGUAAUUAUACUUUCCUGUGGAUAUAUUGUCUCACAUUCCUACCUGCAAAAGGACUAACUGCACGGACAACAGGUAAAGUAAGUUAAAAUAGAAUUUUAUUCAACAUUCUGGCUUGUAGAGGUCGUGAGAGGAAACUUUACUGAUCAUAACACUCAUUUAUACCUAACGUUGAAUCCUUUGGAAUCUCAAACUAUACAGCCAACAGCUCUAUGUGUGUGCUACAGAUGUAUGAUCUUCAUUUGAUCACUCUUUUGUUGCUGAGAAUGUUCCUGCACAGCAGGAAAUGCACAAUUGUAGUAUAUUCAAGGUUUAAAAAGGCUUCUAAAGUUUGUAAUUUCCACUUUAAAAUAUCAGACUUGAUUUUACCUAACAAAGAAUGUAUCAACCCCUACAAAAAUGGUCCAUUAAUAAUCAUUCACAUUUCCUGUUGAUGCAGAUUAUUUUCCUGCUGUAGCAAACUGGCUCAAAUUAAGAUCCUACAUCUGUUAGCACUUUAGGCUACCUCAAAUAUCCUCUGAUUCCCAAGUCCAUGUUACACCCAUAGCCUUAAAUUAUCCACUUGAGUAAGGUGUAUCUUUUUGCUUGCCACAGGUGCCCUGUCUGCCAGCUUCUUUCGAGUGCCCCGCUCAUUCACUACAGCAGGUAUGAGCACCGCCCCCACAGCAAAAAUGGCCUUCCAGUUGGGCAUAGAGAUCACCAAUCGUGUCUUCAAUAACUCCCUAUUGAAUCCCAAUUCCGAGGACUACAAGAAAAUGUAUGGCGAGAUCAGCCAAUUGGUAAGAUUGAGAACCAUGCCUUGAAUUAAACAACACCACUAUAUAAACUAUACCACAGCAUGGGCCGUUCUGGCUCAGACAAGGCUUACUUACUUACCUACACAAUUAUCACAGCAGGAAUGAUCUCUAAAAGUGAUGGUCUCAUGACAAUGAUGAAAAUUGUGAACUAAUUUAGUAUUUUUCAGCUUGCUGAUGUCUACACGUGUCCUACAUGCGGAACAGCAUCCAGUUAUGGGGGCAUUGUAACAAUGACUUUCAGGUACAUUAAGCUUGAUUAAGUCACCUGGAUCCUUUAGAUCAGCUUUUGAGAGGAUGUGUAACUAAAGUACAAACUUACUGCAUUUAUAUCUGUUCUUGACAGACCGAAACUUGAAAUUAUGACUUGGAAUGACUUGCCUCGUCUAAACUAUAUAGGCUUGUCAAAAUUAUACCUUCAAUGUUGCAAGAACCUUAAGGUUAAGUUUUGGUGGGUUGGGGUGGUGUUUAAAAUAGACAUAUCAAACUUUGGAACAAAAUAAAAACACUGAGGGCCCGAACUUGUGAUCUUCUGGUUUACAAGACGUGUUUAAUGCCCGCCUCCACCUGGUCAAGGUUGGGUGGGGAUAUGUUAUUAUACUGUAUCAUAUUUAACAUUCUUCAUUUUCUGAAUCUUAUCUUUUACAGAAAUGGAUCAGUGAUAGCAGACACUACCAUCGUUUUCAACACAACUUCUAUCAAUCGUUUUGUGGUCAUGUUUGUAUUCCUGGAAUAUAUCAGUGACAAUCCUUCUGUCCUCCAGAUAAAUGGAAAUUAUACCGAAUGUAAGACAUACAAAUAUACCAAUUGUAUUUGUCCAUCAUUUAAUAUUGAUUAAUUACUCUGAAAUAUAUUUUUUACCUGAGUGAGUUCCCCUUUUCUCUGUUCAGAUCAAGCACCACCAGCAUCAGUCGUGGUUCCAAACAUAACCAUCCCCACCACACCUACUACAACAAUAAUUACAACUCCCAUGACUACAACCACUACUAACCCACCAAAAACCACACCAUUUGCUACAAAUACAACUAUGAAAGUUCCAACAACCUCCACCUCAUUGGCUCCAGCUACAACUAUGAAAGUUCCAACAACUUCCACCCCAUUGACUACAAAUACAACUAUGAAAGUUCCAACAACUUCCACCCCAUUGGCUACAAAUACAACUAUAAAAGUUCCAACAACUUCCACCCCAUUGGCUACAAAUACAACUAUGAAAGUUCCAACAACUUCUACCCCAUUGGCUACAAAUACAACUAUGAAAAUUCCAACAACUUCCACCCCAUUGGCUACAAAUACAACUACAAAAAUCCCAACAGCAACCACCCCAUUGGCUUCAACUAUUACUACGAAAGAUCCCUCUUUUGAAAAAACCACACAAGAUCCAAUUGCAGUUGUAACCGUCUCUUCCACUAUAGGCAGUGGAAAGAGAAACAAUAGUGUACGCAGUACAUCCAGUCCGACAAAUACGUCAUCUUUAAUAACAAGUGGUGGUUCAGGAGGAAACUACAGGACCAAUACAACUCACCCACCCACCACAAGACAUGGUGCCAGUCCUUCACCUGGGACGGUGGACCCAGCAAAAAACAGUAAGAGACCAACCAUCUCCCCAUCCGGUGAAUUAACCAAACGUCCCCCGACGCCUUUCAUCGGGCCUCAGUCAAGCACCACAACUAAAUCUAGCACAGCUGCCAACGCAGCAUCCAGGGAUAAUAGUGGUGGGUUCAGUGACUGGGUACCGGGAUGGGCCAUUGCUCUGUUGGUGUUAGCCGCUGUCAUCCUGCUGCUCCUCAUAAUCAUCUUCAUCAUGAUGGUGAGUAACCUGCAUGGUAUUUUGUGUCCAUUCUAAAAAUAUAUACUUUGUGACACAUUAACGGCAACAGUUUUCCUCACUGUCUGAUAGCGUUCUUAUAUGUUACUCUCUCAACAGGUGGUGCGCUGGUGCUGUAAAAGGUCAGAGGAUCCGUAUGCUCAUGAAAAAAAGGGCAUCCCCAACAUGGACACUUUCCCCACAUAUGUCCCACAAGCCCCUGUACAGGAGCAACCCAAUGGAAAGACCUUUGAGACUAUUGUAAGAAUGCCUCUCAACAUGAAGUCUGAUCAUGCACUUAUGGUGGUCUACCUCAACAUAGCCUUUAUCUGCCAUUGGCUCUGGAAAUUUAGAAUAUUAUAGCUGCUAAUAUUACUAAUACUACAUUUAGUGCAAUACAAUACAACUUUAUUAAAUGUAUCUGGCCCCCUCAGUAAUUUCGAUCAUACUUAUCUUGAGCAAUAACAAAAGAAUAGGAACAAUAUUGAUUUUGACCAUCUGCAAUCCAGCUUCGUCUUUCAUCUGAGAGGUCUUCCUUUUGGCUUUGGCCUUCCUAUCUCUGAGUAAAGUUUGUUAUCAAAGCACUUUAGUGUUCCGGAGGUAAGAACUCAAGUGCAACUUUUUGUCUAAAGCUGUGGUUAUCUCAUUAGCCACAGAUGGAGAGAGCCAUAUAGUGGGGGAAACAACCACAUCAAGGCAACAGCUGCAAACUAAAAAGCCAGAGUGAAACACUAUAAGCCAAAUAUUUUAUUACUGUGAGUGUUAAAAAGUAUAUUGGACUAACAAUGAAAUUCAGCUAUAAAAUGUGCAUACGUUUAGUGUGGAUGGGGUAAUCUGACAGUAGACACUAUAGGAAGGGGUGUUUAAAUAGGAAGCUCUGAAAUGAAUGCAUCUGUCUGAUACUGAGUUAUAUCUCUCAACAGGAUGACCCAGGAAAGAAGAAAAAAACAGGCAUGUACAUAGUGAACCCCUGAGCAAGAAAAUGUGGAGGUCCCAUACCAACAGGUACCU